CAAGUUUCAGAAUCUUCAGCGAAAACAACUGCCGGUGGUGGAAGACGAUUGUCUUUGGUGCCGGCAUAGCAGAAAGUUCAAACUCCGAAUAUUCGGCUCUCACCGAACUGUUGUGGGAAGCCGUCAUGAGACCGGUGUGUUGAUUGUUCAACUUACCAUGGCGAUGUUUCUCAUCGCUACGAUUCCCGCAAUCCAGAGAUCUUGACUUACACUGACAAUCUGGCAAACAUUCGUUACCCAAGAUUCCGCUUUCCUCUCGGAACAAUUGGCAUUUCACAAGGGUUCUGUCAGUUCAACGGUAACGAGCCUCGGGCGACACUUGGUUCGGAACAAUGACCCAUGUUUCCCUCGUAGGUCUCACCACAUCUGUCGGGAAGCCGCGAUUCUUGCAAGUUUCAGGAUUGGUUACCGACCUCGAAUGGAAACUCGCCGGUGUUCUUUCUUGGCCCUCACGAUUGAGUCUUUUCUCGGAUCUCGCCACGGCCUGCCUGAAUUGCAUCUUGCAGGAUACCCGCCGCUCUGUCACAGGGUUCCAGAUGGACUCACGUUGUGAGGUGAUACAACAACGGUUGUGUGAGGUGUCUUCUGACGGCUUGAGUUUGAGUAUCGGCGUGGAGCGGAGCAGGGGAAGUUUCUGCCUCCGUAUAAUCUUCUCGCGUGCUCACGUGACCAUCUCAGGUCGAUGAAUCAUUUCCUGCCUACGAACCUUCAGGCCUUCCACAGUGCCUGAAAUCCUGUUCCAGUGUGACGAUUGGAUGACUCUUCGACAAGUGUACUGGUCGUGGAACGCUUCUAGAAUGGCUGGUGAGACUGCUUGGACCCCUAGGGACCCUGACCGGUGCUGGGUGUUCUAAGCCCAAAGCAGUUUGCUCGGGUUUCCUAUAUGUCUGCUAAAUGCAAGCCAUAUCAGACUUUUGGAGGUCGACGUGCAAUUUCAGUAACCUCCAGCAUAGACAGCGGUCGAGACUACGCCACGUUAUCGUAUGAACGUUGCACUUGUUACAAGCGUCUCGGGUCAUUGGCAUAUGCCGUGCGACUAACACUUGUUGUACUAUUGUAUGGCCGUUGAGCAGUUCGCGUCUUGAUGGAAGGUUUAAGUGUUGACCACCGUACUCCAGCUGUGUAUCAGUCAAAGGGCUGGAUCGUUCCAAAACCCUGAUCUCCCUGCCAGCUGUUGUGUCGCUCAGCACGAGCUUUCUUGGGUCAUAAUUUGGUGGCUGCAGAACGACUCGACCAGACUACGCCUUCGGUCCAUGUACUACUUCUUCUCCCUGUCUUUGGAUCCAACUCGCAAAGCCGACGCAGAGAAAGCAAGUCUCAGGUCAUCCAUCUACUCUCCAGGUCAACCUCAGAUGCACUGCACUGCAAUGGCAAUCUUCUAGUGAUUUGUGGUGUACAUUCUGAAAUCUAUGUUUGAUCGUGCUGGUGAUGCUAUCCAUUUCUUGUUAUGGCGCCGAGUAUGAGUACCAUCUCUACCAGUGUUUGUACGGACUAGCUGUACUGUACUCGAUACAUGGUGUAUCUAAUCAGAUAAAUUGCCCACUGUUCAAUCUCCUUCCUUUCAUGGUUGAUUCUACGCUGAUCUUCUCGAAGAUUGUCCGAUCAAGUCUCACCUCCUCCUCACCAGAUUAUGUUCUCCAUCCGUUUCCCAGCCUCCCUACAAAGUCCACCGCUAGUCUACGAGACACCAUGCCGACUGUAAGUCCGAGUUUCAAAGAAGGGGAACAUUUUUGACCCCGUACUGGUUCGUAAAUGAUAUCUCAAUUCUGAAGACGAGGUAGACGAGGGGGAGUCUGAUAUUACCUCGGUGGAAAAAACAAGCCAGAUUGAAACGCGAGAUCGAGAAGAAACCUCGCACGAUUCAGCAGCGAAUAUAAUUUUACAGAGCGUCAAGAAAUCCGCUGAACAUUAAUACUCAUCCUUGUUCACAUAAAAACCACCAUGACUCGACGAAAGGUCACGUUUCAACCUGAUCCUACCUCCAGCACUACGACGACGAGGACCAAUACUUCCACCGAUACUCAUACACGAAACGUCUCCCACGCUCCUCCCGCCGACGGCCACCACCACCACAAUGCUUCAGCAACGAUCCCGAUCCCGUCACAACCCUCGGACGAGUCCAAAGUCCACCUCAUCAGCACCUCCCUGCUCAUCCCAGGCCGUGGGGAGCCUCGACGAGACAUGACGGUCAUGAUCCGCGACGGAGUCAUCCACGCGAUCCACCCGACAUCGUCGCCCCCGGCAUUCCUGCGACACCACUCCCUCCCGGCGACCCGCGUGCCCGUCCUCCUCCCGGGCCUCUGGGACUGCCACACGCACUUCCUGGGGACCAAGUCGCUGAACCUCUCGGAGGUCGUGACGACGCACCCGGCGGUCGCGGGGGCCCGCCUCGCCCGGAACGCGCGCGACAUCUUGCUGUCGGGCUUCACGUCGGUUCGGGACCUCGGCGGCUACGCGAUCGAGCUGGCGCGGGCCAUCUCCGACUCCGGACUGCCCGGGCCCCACGUCUACUCGGCGGGCGCCGCCAUCUCCCAGACGUCGGGCCACGGCGACCUCUUCGACCUGCCCGUGGACGUGGUGCACUCGAGGCUGUCGACGACGGCGCCCACCAACCCGGCGUCGUACCCGCUGGUGCUCGCCGACGGGGCCGACGCCUGCCGCCUGGCCGUCCGGCUCGUCACGCGCAGGGGCGCCCGGUGCGUCAAGGUGUUCACGUCGGGGGGCGUGCUCAGCAUCCUGGACGACCCGAUGCGUGGCCAGUACAGCGCGGGCGAGCUUGAGGCCAUCGUGGACGAGGCCACCCGGGCGGGACUCGCCGUGGCGGCCCACUGCCACGGGAAACCGGGCAUCCUCGCGGCCCUGCGCGCCGGCUGCCACACCAUCGAGCACGGCACCUACCUGGACCGGGAAUGCGUCGACCUCAUGCUGGCCAAAGAGGCCGUCUUCGUGCCCACGCGCACCGUCGUCAAGGUCGGCGUCGACCACCCGGAGCUCAUGUCGCCCGAGAGCUACGCCAAGAUGCUCGAGACGGCCAAGCACCACCGGGCCGCCUACCGCCUCGCCGUCCGCUCCGGGGUCAAGGUCGCGUUGGGCACCGACCUGGGCGUGUCGGCGCCCGUCGAGAACCCCAUGGCCCUGGGCCGGAGCGGCGGGGAGCUCGCCUACGCCGUCACCGACGGCGGCAUGACCCCGCUGCAGGCCAUCGAGGCCGCCACGGCCACGGGGCCCGAAACCCUCGGUCACCUCGGCGCCGCCCCUAAGAGCGGACAGAUUCGGGAGGGUUACGAUGCGGAUUUGAUUGCCAUGUGCGCGAAUCCUCUCGAAGACGACGUCGAUCUCGACGAUAGUGGUGGUGGUGAGGCCGGUGGGAUGGACCUGUUUAAAAACCCCAAAAACAUAACGCACGUGUGGAAGGGUGGAGUGUGUUAUAAGAAACCUUGAAUGCACAUCUUAGAUGGUACGAUGCUUGGGUAUAGUAACGGCAUUCGAAAGGAAGCGAUUCAUAUGAUAUCCAUCAGGGCCAUCAAUUCAUCCAUAUUUGUGUAUCUUUCUCAAGCUCUAUGACCGUUUGCCAUAUCUCUAUUCUAGUCUUGG